CGGUCUAUCACCUCUUAUCAGUAGAGUUACGUGGGAGCACCUGAUCCAUUUGUAAGUUCUGACAUAUCUAGCACUGUAAUGCGAUCACGGACUCGACACGGUUCUAUGCGUUCAUCCAUCAUCUGCGAGCGCCCAGUCUAUGUAUCGUCCGAUCGUCCUUAUGAGAUAGCAUUGUAAGCCAAGCAGUCAGCAUCAUCCGUUAUCAGCGCUUCCACCUCAUAUGCGUGAAGACUGGCCUCGAUAUUGGCGACCAUGUAACUAUAAAUACAGGGUCAGUCUCGCUGUCUUCAUCCAGCUAAUCCACCAACAAUGUACAUCGCUCCAUUCGAUACCACCUCCUACUCCACCACCACCCAAUCACCCAAUCCAUCCUGGACGUAUGGCCAGAAAGUCGACGCCACUCCUGCUGGAAAAGACUGGCUUGCAGGCGAAUCUGCAGGGUGGAAAGUCUACAGCACAGCGGAAAUGGACAAGAGCAAUCUCAACAAGCUCUUGAAUUCAGGCGUUCUACCACGUCCCAUGUCACUCGUAUCCACGAUCAGCGAGGAUGGCGUAGAGAACCUGGCACCCUUCAGUUGGUUCAAUACAGUCACGAACUACCCGCCUGUCAUCUCAUUCGCGAUCAACCACAAUGCUACAGGCAGCCUAAAAGACACGACCGCGAACCUGAAGAAUGGCCAAGGAUUCGCGGUGAACAUCAUCAGCGAGGCAUUCGUCGAGAAUGCAAAUGCGAGUGGCGUAGACGCCUCUCCCGAGUUCGACGAGUGGGCUCUCAGCGGUCUGACAAAGGAGAAAUGCGUGCAAAUCAGAGCCUCCCGCGUCAAGGAGAGCGCUUUUAGCAUGGAAUGCGAGCUCUACAAAUCGAUAGAUAUCACUCACCCAGUCACAGGCGAACACAACAGCACGCUCAUCCUCGCGCACGUCAAGUACUUCCACGUGCGCAAAGACAUGCUCACGAGCAGAGGUGCCGUCGACCUCACGAAGUUCAAGCCUGUCGCGCGUGUGGGCGACAUCUCAUAUGCCCGAGUUGGAGAUACAUACAAGAUCCCUGUUCCAUCAUGGGCGCAGGAGGAGGGGAAAUUUCAGGAAGCAUUGAAGACUCUCGCGUCACCAUAAAAUAGAACGAGGGCGGCUUACCAUUUCUGGGGAACAUAUACCAUAGAUCAUAUAGAUAUCCGAGUCAGCAUCCAGGCGGGAUAGAGUCCGUCGCUAUUUCUUAUAUCUAAGAUAGACCUUCAUAAUUGGCAAGCCGUACUUUUUACAUUAUAAUGAUCAUGAAUUUUCGAACCGGCA